AUUUAAUAUUCACGACUUUGUUAUUUUUUCAGUAACAUAAACUAAAUUGCAAAAUUUCAGGUAAACAAAUAGAAAUGCCAGAAAGAAUAAACAUUGAUGCCCCACUGUGGGAUCAAAGCACUUUUGUGGGAAGAUUCAAGCAUUUUUUGUGGGUUACCGAUCCUAGAACUUGUGUAGUAAGUGAAGAUACACUAGACAAUGCUAAGAUUUUAGUAGAACAAUAUAGGAAUCGUAGUGAACCUCCAGGCACAAGUUUAGAACAGGUUAUUUAUGCCAAAAAAUUGUACGAGAGUGCAUUUCAUCCAGACAGUGGAGAAAAACAAAAUGUUUUUGGAAGAAUGUCCUUUCAAGUGCCCGGGGGCAUGGCUAUCACUGGGGCUAUGUUACAGUUUUACAGAACGGCCCCGGCUGUUGUUUUCUGGCAAUGGGUCAAUCAGUCCUUUAACGCACUAGUCAACUACACAAACAGAAACGCAAAAUCGCCAACAUCCACCACCCAACUAUUAGUAGCAUAUGUCACGGCAACCUCUUCAGCCAUGGGUACAGCCCUAGGUUGCAAGUAUUACUGGACCAAGAGAGCCAGUCCUUUUGUCCAGCGUUAUGUUCCAUUUGCUGCCGUGGCAGCAGCAAAUUGCGUAAACAUACCAUUAAUGCGUCAAAAUGAAAUUUUGGGCGGUAUCGAUUGCACGGACGAGAAAGGCAAAAUUAUUGGACAAUCAAAAUUGGCGGCGGCUAAAGGAAUAACGCAAGUAAUUGUUUCUCGUAUCACAAUGUGCGCUCCAGGCAUGUUGAUAUUGCCGGUUAUCAUGGAAAGACUGGAGAAAUACCCCUUGAUGCAGAGAAUCACUCCAUUGCAUGGGCCCAUCCAGGUCAUGAUGGUUGGAUGCUUCUUAUCGUUCAUGGUACCCACUGCUUGUGGUCUGUUUCCCCAAAGAUGUUCUCUUAAAACAUCAACUUUAGCAUGGUUGGAACCAAAAACUUAUGAAAACAUGAAAAAAGCUACUGGAGACAAACUUCCUGAACGGAUUUACUUCAAUAAAGGUCUUUAAAUUAUGAUGUAAUUGAACCUUGAGACAAUAAUAAUAGUAUGGUAAGCUAAAUCGUAAGAAUCUCACUUAUUUGUUUCAAACAAAUUAAAACCAAUGCUAGUAAGCAUAGAGCUUAAAUAUACGAGGUAUAUUCUUAAUUAAACAUCUCAUUAAAUUAUUAAAAACCUAACAAAACACAUGGUUGUAGUCAAUUGUAGAGUACUGUGUAUGUUAAAUUAGCAAUGUUGAAAAAGUAAUUCAAAUAAUUUAAAAAUGUAUUUCUUUAUGACAAAACAAAAUGUUUUAUUUUCUACUAUAAAUUUCAGAGCAAUAUUAGUAAUUAUUGUAUUCACAAUAUUCAGGUUUUACAUUGUAUCACAGUAAUAACUAAGCAAUAAAUUAUACACCCCAUUGUUAUUUAUUUUUUUUGGCUAUUAAAACUGUUUUAAAGAUA